AUGAUUUAAAGGAGAUUCAAAAAAGCUUAAUUAUUAUAUAAUAAAAAUGUAAAUCUUUUCAUAUUUUUUGCUUGUAAUAUUUGUAGUUUACCAAUCGAUGUGCUGUUGGAUUAUGGAAUUACCAAAUAUUUACCCGCUUAAAACAGUUUCAAUGGGUAUUGGGGUUGGAGUGUGGAGUAAAUAUGUUCCACUUAGUAAUGUAGAACAAAUUGGAACGAUUGGAAUAAUUGAUAGUAGUUGUUUUCAAUUAUUUAGAAUAUACGAUAAGGCCAACAAUUAAUUACAUUUUAUACAAUAUGAAUGCAUUGAUUAUGAGAAUUAAAUAAUCAAGAAAUAUUUUCUAUUUUUUGAUAAGGAAGUUGGAUAUAUUAGAGAAGAGAUUCUCAUAGAUUAUACUUAAUAUGAAUCUAUUUGGUAUUUUAAUGGAUUCUUUCCAAAUCCUUCAAAAUAAGAAGUCAUAAUAUAUUUAAUGGAAGGAAUUAAAUAACCAUAUUAAAAAUCAAUUUAAAUACAGUUUUUAAUUGAUAUAUAAAAAAUUGAACAAAUAGUUGGAGGUGAUUUCAUUGUACCCCAAAAUAUUCCACUUCAACUUUUUGAAAGAGAUAUCCUAUCCUAUUUUCCAGGAGAAAUUAUGUAUAUUGAAGGAUGUUAUAUAUCAUCCUCUAAUGUUUUUAUUAAUUUCUUCUAAAGUAUCCAUUAUAAUGAAUGUUAAUGUCAAUAAAGUUUAAUAAACAGCAUGCCUGAUGUAACAAUAGAGAAAUAAAGUCAAUAUGAAUUUGUAUCACAAAAUAUUAAUUGUUAGGAGUUUUUAUUAUCAGGUUGGGUAAAAAUUUCAGAAAUUUAUUCAUCUGAUGAUGAAUUCGAAUAUCAACUUAUAAGACUAUCUGGUAAUUUUUAACAUUCCCAAUUAAUUCAAAAAAAUCUGUGUGCAUUUUAAUUAUUUUACAGGAUCUCCACUAGUUAAAACCAAAUUAUUAUAACUACAUAUAGCUACACUAUUCCUUCAGUCUCUAUAGACUUUUCAAGCAAUCCUUUUUUAAAGUCUGAAUCACUUGAUGUAACUUUUGAUAUUAAAUUAUGGCAUUUUAUAUUAGUAAAGAAAUUAGAAAAUUCUAUAUUGAUUUCAAUUACCUUUUAUAACGGUCUUGAUAAGGAAGAAUUUAAUAUAAACCUCGAUGUUUUACAGUUUAAUAAAAUGUAGUUUAAGUUAUUAUAUGGUAAUUUAUUAUAAUCUUCAUCCAACUACCUUAAAAUAUCAAUUGUUGGGUUCCAAUUUUUUAAUUGUCUAGACUAUUAUUAACCAUCAAUAAGUUGCCACCUAACUUGCAAGGAAUGCGAUGGUCCAACAAAAGACGAUUGCUUAUCAUGCUUUGAAGAUUCAAAUAGAAGAUAUUUAGCAGACUAUAAGUAAUGUAUUUGUGAAUAUGGAACAGUUGAUGAGAAUAAUAAAUGUGUUGAUUAUGAAGAUUUAAACCUUCAAUUAAAUUAAGGAAAACCAUUGAAAGAAGAAUGCAAAUAUGGUUUUUUCGAAAUUGAAGGUGAUUGCUAAUAAUGGUAUUAUUUUCAUAAUUAUUAAGCCCAUCAAUAAUAAAUAAAAAUUUUAUAACAUGUUUGGAAUGUGUAUUGAAUCCUAAAACAUGGGCUCAAACUCUUAUUUGCUAAACAACAUUAUAUACAAAUAAAGAAGGAAAUGUAUCAUAAUAGUUGGAGGUAGAAAAAUAACAAUUUAUUUUUUUGGGCGAUGAUAUACAAUACUGUCCUGAUUGCAAAGCUACAGCGACUCCAUCAUAUGAUUAAAUUGAAAAAAUAGAUUAAUUUAAAGAUACUUGUCAAUCAAUAAAUGAAAAUUGCUAUCCAUGUGGAUCAAAUUGUUAUGAAUGUGAAAUCUUACAGACACAUUUUAAUUGCUUAACCAAGCUAAUCGGACGCCCUCCUCUUCAAAAAGCAUGCUAACCUCCACAAUAUUAAAACUUUGAAAAAGUUUGCGUAGACUGUAAAAUAAAAAAUUGUUUAUAUUGUUUCAAUUAUUUUGCAAGUGAUCCAACAAGGACUACUUUAGGCUUUUUAGAAGAUUAUUCUUUUAUUGAUAAAAAAAUUUAAGAUGGAAGUUACUCUCUUAUUGAUGAAGAAAUUGUAGAAGGAUGUGCUUAAUGUGCUGAAGAAUACAUCUUUGAUUUCACAAUUAAAGAGUGUAUUUUUAAGAAGCCAUCUUAAUAAAAUUGCCUCAAAUCCUAUAUUACUUUUGAAAAGUAAGAAAUUUGCACUCUGUCUGCAAUUGAUGAUUUUAAUAUUGCUCUUGAAAUUGCAAAUUGUUAAUCCCAUCUUCUUAAUUGUAAAUAGUGCAUCAAAACUCCAUAAUCUACUCUUAAGUGCAUACUAUGUGAGGAUUAUUAUAUUGUUUCUACCAUAACAGGAGCUUGUAGUUUUUGUGGUUACGAAUAGUCCAAAUAAUGCUUUGAAGAUAAUGGUUUAGAUCCUUGGAAAUGGUUUGUUCAAGGUUUUACAAUUUAAUUUUUACCUAAUAAACCUAUUUUUUAUAACUAUAUAAAGACUCGAAAAACUUUAAUCACUUAAUGCAUGCCAGGUUAUAAAACAAUAAAAAAUUCUUGUCAACAAUUUUGCGAUUAAAUGUGUUUAGAAUGCAACAAUAUUGCUUUUGACUUUUAAUGUUUCAAGUGCAAAUUAGAUUAUUAUUAAGAUCCAAUAAGAAAUUAAUAUAAUGGGAUAUGUUUUCAAUGUUCCUCAUUAUGCCAAGUUUGCGAAAGUAGACAAAAUGAAGAAAUAAAUGUAUUUAACCUUAAUAAAAUAGAAAAUAAAUCCUUAUUUUGUCACAACCUCACAAAAUAUUAUGUACACUUAUAGAUGUCUUUAAAAAGUUCCUCUUGAACAAAUUCAAAUUGAUCCAAAUUUACAAAUUGCAUAAUAUUGCUAUUAAAACAAUUGCCAUAAUAGUUUAGAAUUAUAUAAGGUAAACAAUUAUUUAAUUUAGGAUAAUUCUUAUUGUGAUGUUCUCUAAACUUAUAAUUAAUUCAAUUAAUUGUAUUAUCAAUAUUUUAACAAUAUUGGUCUUAAGGAAAUGACUAUUACAUUAGAAAUAAUAGAAUCCUGCUUUAUAACAACGUUCAAUCUCACUCUUUAGAAUGAUUAUAGGGAAAAUAUUUUUUCUUUACAAAUAGCAAGAUUAAAGAUUUAAGGUAAGGUUUCCACUUUUCAACCCAGAAAACCAUUUACUUUAAAAUUUUUGAAUUAUGAUGCUAUACUCUUAACUAAUAUCAUAUUUAAAAUUUUCUCAUCUUUAGAUUUGAUAUUUCAAAACAGGGGCAACCCAAUAGAUAUGAAGUUUGUGGAUAUUUCAUUUUUUUAAACUACAGAUAAUGCAUCAUCAUUAUCUAUUCAAGAAGAUAGUUUCCUUAAUUUUAAUAUGAAAAAUAUAUUAAUUGUUGGUUGCAGUUUUGAAAAUUUAGUUGUAUUUAAUAUUUAUUGCACAGAUUUGGGAGACACUAUUAUAAUUGAUAAUUUUAAACUACAGAAUUUCAAUUUUAUAAAUUCCACUUUAUUUUAAUUUUAAAACGCUUAACGAACCAUUCUAUUUAAGAAUGUUAUUAUUGAUUCUUGUAAAUUUUAUAAUUCAUCAAUCUUUCACUUCGCAUUGACUCAAGAAUAAUUUUCAAAUGUCAUAAUUAAUGACGUUUAAAUAUCAAACUCACUAUUUUAAAACACAAGCUUUAUUUACAGUAAUGAGAGAACAACUUUUAUUAUCAAUAAUCUUUCAAUUGUAAAAAAUAAGAUGAUGAAUUCAAAAUUCAUUAUAUUUAAUUAUGAAUUUAAUUUUAAGGAUAUUUUAAUAAAGGAUAAUGAUUUAAUAUCAUAUUAAUUUAUUUCAUAAAUCUCAUCAAUCAUUGAAAAAUAUGAUAUUUAGUUGAAAUAAAUUUAGAUCUAAAGAAAUGUUAUUAAUAAUUUUUAAAUAUUUGUUACAGAAUAAAAGUAAACAAAAAACAUAUACUAAUAUAUUGUUAAAUAACCUUCAUUUUGA